AUGCCAGUGUGCGCGCUUCAUCUCGUCGAGCUGCACGACGCAUCCUCGCAACGCAUCGAAGCAUUCUUGGGCCUUUUGCUCGACGCUACAAGCAACCCAGACGAGUUUGGCCUAGUCACCGUCAGCCAGGUGCAGUCUCCCAUCAUUCGUCCUACCCUCGUCGACCAUACGAUCCUCAACGACACACGCUGGACGUUACUCGUCGUCGCCAGCGGUGCGCAAGCACACGUGCUCCCCUCCUCGCUUACCUCAUCUAUCAAAACGCACUACUCGCUUGUGUCAGGCAUCCCUUCCAAGAUCGUCAGCAACUACGAUAGCAUCUCGGAAAAGCUUCGAAGCACGUCGUCGCCGCUGCUCGAGAUCCAGCUCGACGAAAAGGGGGAUGUGGUUCCACCUCGCCACAAGACUUCCUCGUCGCUUACACGCGCAGAUGGCCAAGACCUGAGCCUGUCCCCCGCCCUUCUCGGGUUGGCGAAGCACCUGAACCACACAGUGAAGCACCACGGCCCCGUCUCGAUGCUCAAUCUGCUCCACUUCCACACGCACGCCGGCGCCGUCGAGUCGUACCACGAAUACGGCCGUCGCUUCGCCUCCGUCGCCGGCCGACGCGGCGGCAACGCCAAGCUCGUUGGCAUCGUCAUCAGCCCGCUCAAUCCUCCGCAUACCGACUCGAGGGGCAAGCGCAACAAGCACGAGUGGUGGAACGAAUGCACCCUCGUCCACUAUCCGUCUAUCAACCAUUUCAUCGACAUGUCGGUUGACGAUGAGUAUCAGUUUAUUAACCAGGAGUACCGGUUGAAGGCGAUCAAGGAUACGGCGCUUAUUUGCACCACCGAGGUGGACUUGUCAAAGUACAGACGUGGCGCACGGGCAAAGUUGUAG